GAGGGUUACAUGAGGAAGCAUCUUGUUCCUCUUGUUUCUAAACAAGCGAAUUUGUUGCUCUUUCCGCGUGUCUCCCUUCCCAUACUUUUCCAGGGAAUCUUUUUCUUUUAUCUGUCAUCAUUUUUUAUUUUUUCAUUUCCAUUUUCUCUCUAAAUUAAAAUAUCUACCACCUCUUCGUUAUCUCUCUCUGUCUCUCUUCUUCCCGAGACUCCUCACUCACACCAAAACACUGUUUCUUUCACUAAUUCUCUUCACAUUCCUAGUUUAUCCAAAGAUCCAUGGACUACCAUUCCACAUUCCCUCGCUUCUUCAUCAUCUUCUUCUUCGUUACCACCGUAGCACUUCCUGCAACCACCGUCGUGUCCAUUGGGAUAAACUACGGUCAAAUCGCCAACAAUCUUCCCUCACCGGACGACGCAGUGGCGUUGGUGAAAUGCGUCGGAGCAACCAAGGUGAAGCUCUACGACGCAGAUCCGAGGGUUCUGAAAGCGUUCGCCAACACCGGAGUGGAAGUAAUGGUGGGUCUGGGCAACGAGUACUUGUCCAGAAUGAAAGAUCCAACGAAAGCUCAGGCAUGGAUCAAAACCAACCUACAACCCUACCUUCCAGCCACUAAAAUCACCUCAAUCUUCGUCGGGAACGAGGUUCUCACCUUCAACGACUCUUCCCUGACCUCGAACCUCCUCCCAGCCAUGCAGAGCGUGCACACAGCGCUCGUCAACCUCGCCCUCGACAAACAAAUAACCGUCACCACCACGCACUCCCUGGCCGUGCUCCAAACCUCGUAUCCUCCUUCGGCCGGAGCAUUCCGUCCGGACCUGGCUCCGUGCCUGGCUCCCAUCCUGAGCUUCCAAGUGAAAACCGGAUCUCCCUUCCUCAUCAACGCCUACCCUUACUUCGCCUACAAGGCCAACCCCAAACAGGUUCCCUUGGACUUCGUUCUCUUCCAACCCAACCAGGGGAUGGUGGACCCCUCCAGUAACCUCCACUACGAUAACAUGCUAUUCGCGCAGAUCGACGCAGUGUAUUCCGCGUUGGACUCUUUGGGCUACGGGAAGUUGCCGGUUCACAUUUCGGAAACCGGCUGGCCUUCGAAGGGGGAUGAAGACGAAGCCGGUGCGAACCUCGAGAACGCAAAGAAGUAUAAUGGGAAUCUCAUUAAGAUGGCUAUGAGUAACAGCAAGAAGGGCACACCGUCCAGGCCCAACUCCGAUUUGAACAUUUACGUUUUCGCUCUGUUUAAUGAGAACAUGAAGCCCGGCCCAACUUCCGAGCGCAACUAUGGGCUUUUUAAGCCCGAUGGGACCCCCGCGUACCCCCUCGGCUUCUCUCUGGCUUCUGCUCCAAACGACGCCGUCAAUAACAGUUCCGGUACUGGCACGCCGCCGCGGCCACCCACCUCCUCCACCGGAUAUUUGUCCAUUUCCUCUGCUUCCUCUCUGGAGAGAUGUUGUUCAGUUUCGUUUUGGUUUUUGGUGACGGUGCUGAUUUUGAAGUUUUGAGGAUAUUUCGGCGCAGAAUGGAGAGAGAGAAAGGGUGGUGGCGAUGGGGAGAAGAGCAAAGGCAGAGUGAGAAGGGAGCAAAGGGAGUAGACGUGAUGUUUAGGAAUGAUGGAAAGUUAGCUGUGGACUUCACUAGCCCUGUCUUGUCACUCCCCACACCCGGGGACUAAUUUAUUAUUAUUAUUUAUUAUUACUAUUACAUUAAAUUAGGAAUACAUGCAAUUUGAUUGGUAUUUUUGUCGGACAUUCUUUCAUAAUAAAUAUGUUUUGUAGUGUAUUC